AUGCCGAAAUUGAGUCUCCCACACCCACAGUCAGAGACUCAGCGUCCCCUAUCGUGCUCCCGCUGCUCUGCUAUCAGGGCUGCCGGACAGCACCAACCCUGGCUUGCAUUCAACGACCCUUUCCUCUUCCCCUCUCUUCCUCGUAGCGCCUCUCUGUCUUUGUCGUCCUCCCCGAAAUGGACCUUGUUCAAUGGAUUUAGUUAUGCAUUGAAUGGUCCAAUACCACAAAAUGGUGCUUUAGUGAAUAGAGGACCAACUGCUUUUAUUGGCAAUCCUGGUCUGUGUGGCCCUCCUUUGAAGAAUUCAUGUGCCCCUGAUACUCUAGGUGCUAGUUCACCUUCCUCAUUCCCGUUCAUGCCUCAUAAUGACUCAUCUCAGGAUAAUGGUAAUAGUUCUAGGAAGAGUGAGAAAACUAAAGGGUUAACUAAGGGUGCUGUGGUUGGCACUGUUGUGGGUGAUGUGAUUGGAAUUUUCCUUUUAGGUCUUCUGUUCUCUUAUUUCUAUUCAAGAGUUUGUGAUUUUAAUCAUGAUCAGAAUGUUAUUGGUGUUAGCAAGGGGAGGAAAGGAAGUAAUAAAGAGUGUUUCUACUUCCAAAAGGACAAAUCUGAGGCCCUGUUUAAUCAUGUUGAGCAAUAUGAUCUUGUUCCGUUAGAUAGCCAAGUGGCAUUUGAUUUGGAUGAACUUCUUAAGGCAUCAGCUUUUGUUCUUGGGAAGAGUGGAAUUGGAAUUAUGUACAAAUUGGUGCUUGAAGAUGAGCUUGCAUUGAUGGUGAGAAGAUUGGGGGAGGGAGGUUCUCAAAGGUUCAAAGAGUUCCAAACUGAAGUAGAGGCAAUAGGAAAGUUGAGACAUCUAAACAUUGUAACUCUUGGAGCUUAUUACUGGUCUGUUGAUGAGAAGCUUCUCAUAUAUGAUUAUAUACCAAAUGGAAGCCUCGCUGCUGCAAUUCAUGGGAAGCCUGGACUAGUUACAUUCUAA